GCAGCAAUUAUCACGCCAGCAGCAUCAGUUUCCGAAUGCUAAUGGAAAAGCUUUUCCACAACAAAACCCCACAACUGCUCAACAACAAGCAACAUAUGGACAAUUUGGAUAUUACAAUGAUUAUGGAUUCGGGUAUGAUCAAGGUCAAUACUGGUACGAUGAUGCAGGAUAUCCUCAAAUGAAUAUGAAUAUGAUGAAUGCACCUGGUGGCUACUAUGAUCCAUCAUAUUUUGAGUCUGGGUUUUAUCCAGCUGAACCUUUUCCAGCUCAACCACAAUUCAUGCCACCUUUUAGACCUCCGGUUUAUGACGAUUUUUGGGAUAAUAGACCAAUGAUACCACCACAAGGUAAUUUUACUCCUUUUGGGAACAAUAUGGGAGGUAGUAUGGGUGGUGCUAUGCAGCCCUUCAGAGGUGGAGGAUUUCGUGGGGGAUUUCUACAACGCGGAGGUAGUUUUCAAAAUCGUGGUCGUGGUGGAGGUCGUGGAAGAGGACCAGGUUUUUUCCAUGAACAACGACCAUUUAACAGUGGACGUGGAAAUAAUAAUGAUUUUAGAAGAGAAUCAAGUAUGGGCCCUUCAACUAGCAGACGAGAAACAUCCGAAAGAGAAUAUCGCGAAGACGUGAUAGGGACGUAAUUCCAGAUGAAGAUUUAGAAAUUAGACGACGAGAAAAGGCUAGAAGUAAUAGUAGAAGUAGAAGCAAAGAAAGACGAAGUA